GAUUGGCUGCCGAGCUCCUGCGGCGAGCGGGUGUGACCCCGGCGUCUGGGUUCGGUUCUGAAGUCCGGGCUUGGUCCGGGUGAUCCCCAAACACUGACCGUUCUCAUUUCCUUUUGGGAGUAUUCAUGCUUCACCAUGUUGAGAGCUAAGAAUCAACUUUUUUUGCUAUCGCCCCAUUACCUGAAGCAGCUAAACAUUCCAUCAGCUUCCAGAUGGAAACGCCUUCUACACCAGCAGCAACCCCUUCACCCAGAAUGGGCUGUACUGGCCAAAAAGCAGCUGAAAGGCAAAAACCCAGAGGACCUUAUAUGGCACACCCCAGAAGGGAUCUCUAUAAAGCCCUUAUAUUCCAGGGCAGAUACUCUGGACUUACCCGAAGAACUUCCAGGAGUGAAGCCAUUCACACGGGGACCAUAUCCUACCAUGUAUACCUAUAGGCCCUGGACCAUCCGUCAGUAUGCAGGCUUUAGUACUGUGGAAGAAAGCAAUAAAUUCUAUAAGGACAAUAUUAAGGCUGGUCAGCAGGGGUUGUCUGUUGCCUUUGACUUGGCAACACAUCGUGGUUAUGAUUCAGACAACCCCAGAGUUCGUGGAGAUGUUGGAAUGGCUGGAGUUGCUAUUGACACUGUAGAAGACACCAAAAUCCUAUUUGAUGGCAUUCCUUUAGAAAAAAUGUCCGUUUCCAUGACUAUGAACGGAGCUGUCAUCCCAGUCCUGGCAACAUUUAUAGUAACUGGGGAAGAGCAAGGUGUGCCGAAGGAGAAGCUCACUGGCACAAUUCAGAAUGACAUCCUAAAGGAGUUUAUGGUCAGAAAUACUUAUAUUUUUCCCCCAGAGCCAUCGAUGAAAAUUAUUGCUGACAUUUUCCAAUACACAGCACAGCACAUGCCAAAAUUUAAUUCCAUUUCGAUUAGCGGGUACCAUAUGCAGGAAGCAGGAGCUGAUGCCAUUUUAGAACUGGCCUAUACCAUCGCAGAUGGGUUGGAGUACUGCAGAACUGGACUCCAGGCUGGACUCACAAUUGAUGAAUUUGCACCAAGGUUGUCUUUCUUCUGGGGAAUUGGAAUGAACUUCUACAUGGAAAUAGCCAAGAUGCGAGCUGGGAGAAGACUGUGGGCUCACUUAAUAGAAAAAAUGUUCCAGCCUAAAAACUCUAAAUCUCUUCUUCUAAGAGCACACUGCCAGACAUCGGGGUGGUCACUUACUGAGCAGGAUCCUUACAAUAACAUUGUCCGCACUGCAAUCGAAGCCAUGGCAGCUGUGUUUGGAGGAACCCAGUCUUUGCAUACGAACUCUUUUGAUGAAGCGCUGGGUUUGCCCACUGUGAAAAGUGCCCGGAUUGCUCGGAACACACAGAUCAUCAUUCAGGAAGAAUCUGGGAUCCCCAAAGUGGCGGAUCCUUGGGGAGGGUCGUACAUGAUGGAGUCGCUCACAAAUGACGUUUAUGAGGCUGCUCUGAAGUUGAUAUAUGAAGUUGAAGAAAUGGGUGGAAUGGCCAAAGCUGUAGCUGAAGGAAUCCCUAAACUUCGCAUUGAAGAAUGUGCUGCCCGAAGACAAGCUAGAAUAGAUUCUGGUUCUGAGGUAAUUGUUGGAGUAAAUAAGUAUCAGUUGGAAAAAGAAGACUCUGUGGAGGUCCUGGCCAUUGACAACACUUCAGUGCGUAAGAAGCAGAUUGAAAAACUCAAGAAGAUUAAAUCCAGCAGGGAUCAAGCUUUGGCUGAGCAGUGUCUCAGUGCACUUACCCAGUGUGCUGCCAGUGGAGAUGGCAAUAUUCUGGCUCUGGCAGUGGAUGCAGCUCGUGCAAGAUGUACAGUUGGAGAAAUCACGGAUGCCUUGAAAAAAGUAUUUGGUGAGCAUAAAGCUAAUGAUCGUAUGGUGAGUGGAGCAUAUCGGCAGGAGUUUGGAGAAAGUAAAGAGAUCACAUCUGCCAUCAAGAGAGUUAAUAAAUUCAUGGAACGUGAAGGUCGCAGACCUCGUCUUCUUGUGGCAAAAAUGGGACAAGAUGGCCAUGACAGGGGAGCCAAGGUCAUUGCUACAGGAUUUGCUGAUCUUGGUUUUGAUGUGGACAUAGGCCCUCUUUUUCAGACUCCCCGUGAAGUGGCGCAGCAAGCUGUGGAUGCAGAUGUCCAUGCUGUGGGUGUCAGCACACUUGCUGCUGGUCAUAAAACCCUCGUUCCUGAGCUUAUCAAAGAACUCACCGCCCUGGGGCGGCCAGAUAUCCUUGUCAUGUGUGGGGGCGUGAUUCCACCACAGGAUUAUGAAUUUCUGUAUGAAGUUGGUGUUUCCAACGUCUUUGGUCCUGGAACCCGGAUUCCAAGAGCUGCUGUCCAAGUGCUUGAUGAUAUUGAGAAGUGUUUGGCAGAGAAGCAGCAGUCUGUGUAACAUCUGGAUCUUUAGUUAUGACUGAAGCAGCAGUCUGUGUAACAUCUGGAUCUUUAGUUAUGACCGAAGAAGGUAGUGGUAAAUCCGUUUCGUCAGGUAAUCCCAGCAGCUCUUAGAAUGCUUGCUUUGGAAACCUCACAUUAAAAGAUUCUAACUAUAAAUGUGCAGUCAUGCCAAUACACAUAUUUAAAGAAUCUGAGUUCAAAAAAAAAAAAAAAACCUCUGAAAAUCAUUUAUACCAAAUAUGUUUUAAGUAUAUUAUUCUAGAAAAUUAAAAUGGUAUACUAUUUAGAAAUAGCUUACAAUUCUUAUAAAUAAUUGAACUUUUGUUUUGUUUUAUCCUUUGACAUGGGGUCUUACUAUGUAGCACUGGUUGUCUUGCAACUAACUCUGUAGAACAGUCUGGCCUCAAACUCACAGAGAUCCACCUGCCUCUGCCUUCCUAGUACAGGGAUUAAAGGUAUGUGCCUCCAUGUCCUGCAAAUUAUUAAACUUAAAAAUUAAAUAAAAUUUUAAAAUUUAACCGAUUCUUCCUUCAAUUUAGUGUUGAUUUGUGUACUAGAAACUCAAGUUCCUGUGUUAAUUUAAUAAAAUAAUGACAUUUAUCUUACAAGAAAUAGUGGAGGGUAUUUAUGGAUGGAUCCUCAGCCAGACCUACUAUUGCUUCAAUAAAAGUAGUGUUUAUCACCCCCUGUACAAUGGAAUAGGGGACAUGGUAGAUAGGCCUUCCAGGAUUGUGUCAGCUCCUCACAUGGGAAUGAUAUUGUUAAUGUCAGGUUCAAAACUCUGGAAAAGAUGUGUGUGACGCUCUCUUAAAUGAAUGUUGAUGGACAGAUGCAUUUGCUAUAAUGACAGUCUAAAUCUAUUACAUAAAGUAAAUGAAUUUUCAGAUCUAGAAACACGCUGAUCUGUAUACACUUUCUUAUUAAUAUAAGUUAUAAAAAUAAAAAAAUAGUCUGAAGAACUCUUGUAGUGUGAUGUUACUUCACUCAUUGAAGGAAGAGACUCACUCUGUGUUAACCUAAUGUAUUCAGCGAAGGUGAGGUGAGCAACAAGGAUUCUUUUGUAACUUUCUACAUUAUAGAUCAAAUAAUAUUGGGGAGGGAAAAUCAUAUAAUGCUGUAAAAUUAAUAAACUAUACUAUAGUUUAAUUUUUAGACCAUGACUCUUAGGAGGGCAUCAUGAUUAUUGUUUUCUAUUUUAAAGAUGAGCAGUUUGACGUCAAGGACAACAAUAUAUUUAUUGUGUUAUCUUAUGUACUACUUAUAAAGAAAUAUAUAUUUGAUAAAUACG